AUGGCGAACGAGUGUCGCGCAACGAUGGUGAAACUACGUGUAUCUCCUGUUUUAAUAUUGCUCGCAGUUUUUAGUGUCAACCUGGUGGAGCCGUUGGUGAAAGAGAGCUUGUCCAAAUUUAUAGGAUCUUUAACGGGCGUGACACAGUACUUUCCUCUCAUUGAUCGAUUUACCUACGCUUAUGUGGACGAAUUUGAUAUAUAUAUAUGUAUGAUAACUAUCGGUUGCAGAGUGAGGAUUCCGGAAUUGUUGAACCAACUGUGCAACGAGUCGCAAGGAUCGGAUACGGUACGUCGAGAUGCGUGUUACGGAUGUUUCUUCAGGGCGUCCAGUCAAACCGUUGGCUAUCCUUUGUUGGUGGCUUUGUCUAAUUGCGCCGAUAUUUAUCUCAACAAUACCGAUUACGGCCAUUGUCAACAGUACCUGAGACUCAGGGAAUGCGUCGGCGAGGCUGUACGAACGUUCCCCAAUUUCAACACCACGGACGUCAAACUGGCCCAAUUGUACGUGAAUACCACGGCGUGCGUGUUGGCGAAAACCCGUUGCUCGCAAAUGAACCCGAUAACCGGGGAAUUUCAAGAAGACGAUCUCGCUAAUAAGCUGCACAUACCUACGGUCAAUGCGGUGCUGGUCAACACGGAUUACGACAUCAAUAUCGUCCAGCUGCCGUUUCACUCCAGCUCCAUCGACGUAUGCGCGAAAUACAGGAACUACGAGCAGGCCAGCUGGCCGAGCGUCGUCUGCUGA